UCACUCUCUGAGCUCACUCUCAGUGUUCACGCCGAGCACUCACUCUUGGUACCGACUCUCAGUACUAACCCUCCGUGCACUCCAUCUCCUCUGCCAUUUUACGUUAUACGAUAAGUUCUGGCAGGAGUGGGAGCAGGAGAAGAUGGAGCCAGGGGUGACGUCCUGCUGAGUGCGAGUGUAGUAGUACACAACAGCUGUGUUGGCCAGUACAUAUACAGCUUCUGGGCCCAGUAUCCUAAGCACCACUUGCCUGAUACCGUAUCUGAGUGUGAAUCAGUGCGUGGAGUCACCUCAUCAGUCCGUGGCGUCACCUCGAAAGGAACCGUGUAACCAUUACUAAGCAUAUCACAGUUUGUGCUUCAGGCCCCAGCAGCAGACGGCCCCUUGGUCAGCAACAGUUACACCGCAAGAUCGCUGCCUCCAGGUACAAGACGGGGAAGGUGGCUGGCAGGAGACUCGGUGUUGGAGUAUAAGCGACCACAGCAGCGGGCGGCAUGGGGCAGCAGGCGGGCUAUACUACUUAUGUGAUCUACCAGGCCAUGGGGGCGGCCUCCGUGGGCAUGGGGGGCCUGGCGGGCGCCCUGGCCAUGGGCUACACCUCCCCCGCGCUCCCAUCCAUGCGAGCCGACCCACACUUCUCCAUCACCCAGGAACAGGAGUCGUGGAUUGGAGCUGUAAUGCCCGCGUGCGCCUUGCUGGGCAGUGUGGUCUCUGGGCCGCUUGUGGAGCGUCUGGGCCGCAGGGCUACACUCCUUCAUCUCACCUGGCCACUGGUUCUGUCGUGGGUGAUGAUAGCCGUGUCUGGAGGUGUGGGCGGGGUAGUGGCAGGACGCAUGUUGGGCGGAGUGUGUAUGGGCGUGCAGGCCGUCGCUGGCUCUGUCUUCCUGCCGGAGAUAGUGGAGCUGGAGCUGAGGAACAUUAUGAGUGCCUUUCCCGGUGUGCUGGGUAACUUGGGUCUGCUUGUGAGCUUCGCAGCGGGGCAAUACCUCACUUGGAGGGGUCUGGCGUGGCUGGGGGCAGCGAUGUGCCUCCCUGUUGUGUUCCUCCUGUACCCUCUACCUGAGACUCCAUACUACCUCACACGUACUGGAAAGACAGAGGCGUCGAUGACCGCUCUGCGGCAGCUGCGACGCAGCACAGACCAGGCUGAAAUGGAGCAGAAGGAAAUCAACAGCAGUUGCAGCAGCAGCGAGAGCAACGCAAGCGUCAGUAUGAGAGACAUUAUACUCCCGCCCAAUUUGUGGCCGGUUAGUGUGUCGGCUGCCCUCAUGGUGGCCCAGCAGACCACAGGCAUCACUGCUGUAGUGUUCUUCGCCUCCAAUAUCCUCGACGCUAGUGGGGAGGGUGAGAAAGGCAGCUCCUCGGCUGUGUUGCUAGGCGUUGUCAACUUCCUGGGAACCUUCGUCGGUAUGGUCGCCUUGGCAAAGUUUAGGCGGCGCCAUCUUCUCCGUAUGUCAACUGCUGUAAUUGUGGGUUCCCUCCUCACUUUGUCACUCUUUUUCUGGGCACAGAGUGCAGGAGGCGCCAUAGCCGCCAUAGCUAAAACUCUGUACCUGGUGCCAAUACUGGCACUCUUAGCUUACAUGAUUGGCUUUGCGCUUGGCUGGGGCCCUGUACCAUGGGUGUUCCUAGGGGAAGGAAUGCCCAGUCGAGUGCGAGGAAAAGCUGUGGCUGUGGUAGUAGCUGUCAAUUGGGCAUCGGCUUUUAUUAUCACAAAGACAUUUGGGUGGAGUGUGUCGUCCCUUGGUGCCCACACCACCUUCCUGGGCUACGCUGUGGUCACCGUCAUCAGCUCCACUUUUCUCCUUAGGGCCAUGCCGGAGACCUUCGGCCAGUCAGUUCCCCAGAUGGACAGGUUUUACAAAGAGGCAGUUGCCUUAAAGCAGCAGUAGCACUAAAAUAUUGUUGCUGUCAUAACAAAUAUUACGCUUAAUUGACCACAGAGUACUAGUAUUGUACUCAAAUGUGAGAGAUGGAGUGUUCCUCAGGACCUACCAUAUUCUAUCAUACUCCAUAUAGCCAAGUUCUUUUUCCUGAUUGAUAAUUACUUCUUUAUAACCUAAGAAAUAACUACCAAAUCACACCCAAGGAGAUGGUAAGGUCAAAACGUUUGUAAGUUUACUGGUAUAUAUAAUUUAUGUGGCGCAGUGUUCAAAGCUGCUGUUCUUGACUUCAGGGUUAAUUUAUAAACUGUAUUGUACUGUACUAAUACAUUUGGCAUGCGUG